AUGAUAUCCUCGGCAUCUUCUGUGGCGUCUGCCUCGCCGCGGGUUUCGCCGCACUCGUCGCAACCGCCGUCGAUCAGGUCGGUCGAGGCUCCCACCAAGUCGCCAAAAUUGAACGGUCAAAAUGGACACUCAGUCGCGCAUGCUGGCAUCCCCGACCUACCGCAAAAACCUGCCGAGAAGGGCUCCAUGAAGGACCGCCUUACUCGCAUGUUCUCGGCCAGGGACGCAUCGCAGCGCUCACUGACUGCUGCCGAUGCGAACGGCACGGCGCAGGCCAAGAGGUCCCAUGAUGUGACCCCAAACAACCCAUCGCCUCCGCCCGGAAAGGUUGCAAACGCAAAGGAGGUGCCGCCCCAGCGCUUCGUGCUUAACCCAGAAGCGCAGGGCGGUCACGAACACCACCUCAAGUCCAGCCGCCGGCAAGAAAAGCUCUCGGACCUGAUCAAGAGCUUUCUGGGGCGGAAACCGGAACAGCAGGCCCCCGAAAACGACCUCUCCUUGGUGUCAAAUUGGGUCGACAAUCUGAGGCAGGAGAAGGACAGCCUCUCGUCGGACAAAAAGACGGCCACCGCAAAUCCGUCGGCGACACUGGCGGAGAAGUAUGGCAAGUGCCAGGAAAUUGUGGGGCGGGGUGCCUUCGGCAUUGUGAGGAUAUCGCACAAGAAGUUGGACAAUGGCCUUGGGGAGAAGCUGUACGCCGUCAAGGAGUUCCGUCGGCGGCCCGAGGAGACUGAGAAGAAGUACAGCAAGCGCUUGACGGCCGAGUUUUGCAUCUCGUCGUCGCUACGUCACCCCAACGUCAUCCACACCCUCGAUCUGCUCAAGGACUCAAAGGGCGACUACUGCGAGGUCAUGGAGUACUGCGCCGGCGGCGACCUGUACACGCUCGUCCUGUCCGCUGGCAAGCUCGAGGUACAGGAGGCCGACUGCUUCUUCAAGCAGAUGAUGCGUGGCGUCGAGUACAUGCACGAAAUGGGUGUCGCGCACCGCGACUUGAAGCCCGAGAAUUUGCUCCUGACAACCCACGGCGCCCUCAAGAUCACUGAUUUUGGCAACGGCGAGUGUUUCCGCAUGGCCUGGGAGAACGACGCGCACAUGGUGUCAGGGCUGUGCGGCUCGGCCCCGUACAUCGCCCCUGAAGAGUAUACGGCUAAGGAGUUUGAUGCUCGGGCUGUUGAUGUCUGGGCUUGUGGUGUGAUUUACAUGGCCAUGCGAACCGGCCGCCACCUCUGGCGGGUCGCGCGAAAGGAUGAGGACGAGUUUUACACUCGCUACCUAGAAGGCCGUCGGGACGAGGAGGGUUAUGCCCCGAUUGAGGCGCUACACAGGGCUCGCUGCAGGAACGUGAUCUACUCAAUACUGGAUCCCAACCCGGGCCGCAGGAUCACGGCGUCACAAGUCCUCAAGUCCGAGUGGGGUCGCGAGAUACAACUUUGCAAGGCCGGCGAGGAGGGCCUCUAA